AUGGUAGCUUCCUUUGAACCAUGCCGCACUAAAAUGGAAAAAGAAGGCAUUGCGUCUUCUGCCGUUUCCGCCUUUGAAUCGACAUUCAAAGCAUUGGUCUCGGGAGACUCGGGGAUGAUUGCCGAGUCCACCAUUUCUCCGGUUUAUGAUUUGGCCAAAUCGGAAGAAUUCACUGCCAAACCCGAUACAUCCCUUCUCGCCAAAACCGUCGUACUCAAGCUCAAUGGCGGCCUGGGCACGGGCAUGGGACUCGAUAAAGCCAAAUCGUUGCUCCAAGUCAAAGGCGAGGAAUCCUUUUUGGAUUUGACCGCCAAACAAGUCAUUCAAAUGCGCAAAGAUUACGGCAUGAAAGUCAAAUUCAUGCUCAUGAAUUCUUUCAGUACCAGUGCCGACACGCUCCAAUUUUUUCAAACCAAAUAUCCCGAUCUGGCAGCCGAAGACGGUCUGGAAAUGAUGCAAAACAAGGUCCCCAAAUUGGAUGCCACCACUUUUGAACCGGCGACUUGUCCGUCCAAUCCCGACAAUGAAUGGUGUCCUCCGGGUCAUGGAGAUUUGUAUGCGGCAUUGGUGGGAUCUGGCCGUCUCGAUGCUCUUUUGAAGGAUGGAUUCCAGUACAUGUUUGUGUCCAAUUCCGAUAACCUCGGUGCCAGUUUGGAUUUGGAUAUUUUGACCUAUUUUGCAUCCAAAGAUGCCCCGUUCGUGAUGGAAUGCUGUGAGCGAACCGAAAACGACAAGAAGGGAGGUCACUUGUGCAUGCGCAAAAAAGACAAUCAACUCAUUCUUCGAGAAUCCGCCAUGUGCCCCGACGAAGAUGAAGCCUCCUUUCAGGAUAUUUCCAAACAUCGAUUCUUCAACACCAACAACCUGUGGGUUAGACUGGACAAACUAAAAGAAAUCAUUGACAAGAAUGGGGGUUUCAUCCCACUCCCCAUGAUCAAGAACAAAAAGACUGUGGAUCCCAAGGAUGAUUCUUCCCAAAAGGUUGUGCAGUUGGAAACCGCCAUGGGUGCCGCCAUUGAAUGUUUUGACGGAGCCACGGCGAUUGUGGUGCCUCGCACACGAUUUGCACCCGUCAAAAAGUGCAACGAUCUCUUCCUGCUCCGUUCGGAUGCCUACAUUAUGAAAAAUCACAAGCCUGUGCUCAAUCCAUUGUGCAACGGUGUGGCUCCUGUUAUCAGUCUCGACAGCAAAAAGUACAAAAUGGUGGGGGCACUGGAGGAUGCCACGGAAGAUGGCAUCCCGUCGUUGGUCAAGUGCAAGCGUUUGACGAUCAAGGGGCUGGUCAAAAUGUCUGGCAAGACCGCCUUUGUGGGGGAUGUCUCCAUUGUGAACAACAGCCCUGACGCCAAGUAUGUCCCCUUUGGUAUUAUAUCGGGUGAACAUGACUUGACAAACAGCACCUUCCAGCCAGUGGAUCCGUGCUUGAAAUGUGUUAUUUUGUAG